GCUUUUCAUUGUGUUGUUGCGUUGAUUCGCACCCUCCUCUCCUCUGAAGAUAACUACCCUUAUCAAUCAUAAGGAUAAACCAAAGCGUUCAGACAAGACUCUGCAAGCAAUUCAGCGGGUGGGUCAAGCAGUUAACUUGGCAGUUGCAAGGUUUGUAACUGUGGGCGAAGCCAUAGCUGAUGAAAAUCAUGAAUUGAAAGAGGAAAUGAAUGUUGCUUGCAUCGAGGCAAAGAGAGCAGGUGAAACUAUUGCUCAGCUUACAGAUGUAGCAAGCUUGUAUCAUCCAGAAUCUGAUAGCCACAUAACAAUUUUUACAGACAAAACAGGCAUUGUUAAAGCUGCAAGGUUGCUACUCUCUUCUGUGACAAAGGUGCUUGUGUUAGCGGACCGAAUCGUUAUUAAGCAGAUUAUAACUUCCAGAAACAAGGUUAUUGCAACAAUGGAACAACUAGAGAAAGUCAGUACUUUCCAGGAGUUUGUGCAAAUAUUCAGCCAGUUUGGAAAUGAAAUGGUGGAGUUUGCACAUUUAACUGGGGAUCGACAAAAUGAUUUGAAGGAUGAGAAGAAAAAGGCUAGAAUGGCAGCAUCCAGGGCUGUCCUUGAGAAAUGCACCAUGAUGCUCCUGACUGCUUCAAAGACUUGUCUGAGGCAUCCGGACUGUGAAUCCGCUCGUAUAAACAAGGACGGGGUAUUUCACCAGAUGAGACUAGCUUUGGAGCAGGUAAUAGAAAUUGUAACUGACUCUAGAGCGAAUGGAGAAACUGAAUUAGCUUCCAUCAGUAUAUAUUCUGGCAUCAAAGUAUUCAAGAAUAAAGUGGAGGGUCUUCGUGAGAAUCUUUAUUUUAUGUCAAAAGAAAACCUUUCAACAAUGCUGGAAGUUAUCCUGGAACACACAGAAGACUUUACAGAUUCUGCCUACACCAGUCAUGAGCACAGAGAACACAUUUUGGAGCUCUCUAAACAGGCUAAAAUGGAACUAGAGCAGCUGCUUUCCGUGUGGAUGCAAGCUCAAAACCAAAAGACAAAGGAUCUCAUGGAAGACUUGGAAUUAGCCAUUUUAAAAAUGUGCCAGUGCAUGAAUGAACUUAAAAGAGAGCUUCACAGUGCAGCGACAUCCUUGGCAGCAGAUCUCCUAAAAUACCAUACAGAUCAUAUGGUUCUGAAAGCCUUAAAAAUAACGGGAGUAGAGGGAAAUCUGGAAGCUAUAGCGGAAUAUACUUGUAAGCUGGCCGAGCAGAAAGAACAACUUGUUGAGAUGUGUCGUUUGUUGAGGCAUGUUUCUGGAACAGAGCCCCUUGAGAUUACUUGCAUACAUGCAGAAGAUACCUUUCAGGUCACUGGCCCACAGAUAAUUUCUGCUGCAGAAACAUUGGCAUUGCAUCCCUCCAGCAAGAUUGCAAAAGAAAAUCUUGAGGUGUUUUGUGAGGCUUGGGAGUCUCAACUGAGUGACAUGUCCACAUUGUUAAGAGAAAUCAAUGAUGUGUUUGAAGGAAGAAGAGGAGAGAAGCGUGUCUACCUCUCCCUGCCCAGACCAGGGAAGCAUAACACAAAUCUGAAAGCAUUAAAGCCAGUCAAAUUAGACACUGAGGAACAAGCCAAAAUUGCAAAACUUGGAUUAGAACUGCAUCUGCUAACAUGUGAAGUAGAUUCCGAGACAGAGAAAUGGGAGGAUCAGGAGAAUAGAUUGGUGCAACACGUACAAGGCAUGUCAAGUAUGGCCUACUCCAUGUACUUAUUUACCAGAGGAGAAGGCCUGCUGAAAACUACCCAGGACUUAUUUCAUCAAGCAGAGAUUUUCGCUACAGAGGGCACAAAACUUGCUUCAGCUUUUCAUGGCGUUUCUGAUCAGCUACAUGACGAUGGGAAACGGCUGCUUCUGUUGGAGAGUGAGAAACUGGUCCCCAUGUGCCAGCAGCUUCAGAUCACAGCAAGAACCUCUGCCCAGGGUAAAAGUGCCACAUUUACUAAGGUUGAUGCAUGCAUUCAGAGAACAAGGAACGUGAUGACUCUGUUAUGCCAACUGCUUCCACUUUGCUGCAGAUUACUGAGAAAGAACAGAUUGGGAAACACCUGUCUUAAACCUGCUCCACCGUGGAAAGAGAACAGAGCACAAACUAGUACAAAUGCGCGGGGCACAGAAAGGACAGAGAUGCUUGGCCUCAAGUCUUUAGAAAAUCAUGUAACAAAUAAGACAAUUUUAGAGCAAGGAAUUACAGCACUAAAAAUGUAGGGGCUCCAUUUGAAAGUAACACUUUUUGAAGUUAUGAUAUUGCUUUCAUUUGUGGAAAGUCCAAACUGGAUUAAAAUGAUAGACUUUUGUCACAGUUGAUAUACAUCAUGUUACUUAACAGAUUGACUAGUGUAAUUGAUAGCUAUUUUUAUAAUGUGAAUGGUCCCUAUUGAUACUAGUUUUGUAUAUAAUGCUUAUGAAUGUUUAAUGGAUCUUUCAAUGCAAAGAUGCUGCUAACAGACAUUUUACAUAAAGAACCUCGUGCUGAAUAUACUAUAUGGAACACUACUGUUGAAGUUUGUAAACUUACCUCUGGCCUAUUUUUAUCUAUCUAUUUGAUAAAACGGGACCAGAAAAAUAAUCUGAAAGCCAUAGCCUAAAGCACUGAAUGUUUCUUAGCUAAGAGUUUUACCUGCAGUGAAAUAGUCUAGGAAAAAAAAAAAUCAGCAUCUGCAAUGUUGAGUUUUAGUCUCACUGACAUAACUCCUGUUCCCCAAAGUAUAUUUGCAAAUAAUUGCUACUCUCAAUUUAAAACUUUUUUUCCUUAUGCCAUUAUUAGUUUUAGAUCUUUUUGAUUAGAACUUAUUGAGCGCUGUUUGAAUUGUCUGUAGAAUUACUUGGGUAUUAUGUAGACUAUUUCAUUU